AUGGAAGCAAUGUGUGUAGACAGCAGAUUAGGACUCCAAAAUAAGAGGAAUAAAAAUCGAGAGGACGUUUUCAUUCGAGGCACGGCUCCACGUGAGCCACGUAAACUGCUUCUUAGUCAUGAACUCCAAACUGCUCUCAACUCCUGUUCGAGCUCUCAAUCACGAAGAGUUGCAUUUGGCACCAUUGGUCCGAGUUCCCUCAUCGUUCUUCCUAUCUCUGGUGCUUCUGUCCCUCUUUCUGCUAGUGCCAUUAGGGAGAUGACAAGUACUAGUUAUCCCUCCUUUACCUUGUCAAGAUUCGAUUUUCCUAUUUCGAUUUCACGAGGAAGAAAGAAUGUGGCCUCUUCGAUCACAUUCAGCAGAACCCAAUUUCCUCAGACCAUGAUUCUUCCCAGAAUUUAUAAAUUUUCUCCAUCUGAAUCAAAUGGGUAUCGAUUAUUUUCUUCUUUGAAUGCUUCUCUGGUCGACCCAGCUGAAGAUACAASUCUCUCAAAUCCAAGGUCGACGACGGAAAUUCCCAAACUUGAAGUUCGGAGAAGCAUGUGGAAUUGGCGGGGAUAUUCUAUUUGCUAUCAGUAUUGUGGGAAUGAUGGGCCUGCAUUGGUUUUAGUACAUGGUUUUGGGGCAAACAGUGAUCAUUGGAGGAAAAAUAUUCCAGUUCUUGCGAAAUCACACCGGGUAUAUGCAAUUGAUCUUAUUGGUUAUGGUUAUUCUGACAAACCAAAUCCACGUAAUUUUGGGGUCAAUUCAUUUUAUACAUUUGAGACAUGGGCCUCUCAGCUAAAUGACUUUUGCACUGAUGUGGUAAAAGACAAAGCAUUCUUCAUAUGCAAUUCAAUUGGAGGACUUGUUGGUCUCCAGGCUGCAGUUAUGGAGCCUGAAAUCUGUAGGGGUAUUUUUCUUCUCAAUAUAUCCCUACGUAUGCUUCAUAUUAAGAAGCAGCCUUGGUAUGGAAGGCCUUUUAUCAGAUCAUUUCAGAGUCUACUAAGGAACACCGCUGUGGGUAAAUUCUUUUACAGCUCUGUAGCCACACCACAGUCUGUGAGAAGUAUCCUUUGCCAGUGUUACCGUGACACUUCUCAGGUGACAGAAGAAUUAGUUCAAAAGAUCCUUUUGCCGGGACUUGAGCCUGGAGCUGUAGAUGUUUUUCUUGAGUUCAUUUGCUAUUCAGAGGGUCCUCUACCUGAGGAGCUAAUACCUCAAGUGAAGUGCCCCAUUCUAAUAGCAUGGGGGGACAAGGAUCCAUGGGAACCUAUUGAGCUUGGAAGAUCUUAUGGAAAUUUUGAUUCGGUAGAAGACUUCAUUGUCCUUCCUGAUGUUGGCCAUUGCCCUCAGGAUGAGGCACCUGAUCUUGUAAACCCACUUGUUGAAUCUUUUGUGGCACGCCAUGCUUUGGCCUAAGCAAGAAGGCACAGUGGAUUUCAAUUCUCAUGGCUCCAUGAAUUUAGCAUUAUAGCCAGAUCGAAUACUGCCUUAUAGACCUUAUAAUCAAUGAAAGAAUUUACACGCUUGUACAUCGUUAACAUACAUCUUUAAGCUUUAAGUUGUGUAAGUUUUUUUCCCUUUUUUUCUUCUAUGACUUGCAACCAAUUGUUCAAUGAGCUCCUGCAAGAUCUCAUACCUCCAAAAUCAAUCUGAGCGGAUAGUCCUUGCUUAGCUGAUACCGAAAAUCAUUGCAGAGUUCUUUAAUUGCAUUUCUCUCUUAUUUUCUGAUAAAUUUUGGUCAUUGGAGUAUAACUCAUGUUAUGAGUAAAGACAUUUCAGAGCCUUAAAGGUAUUGCCAACAUGGAGAUUCACAUU